AUGGCCAAGACGCGACAAUCACAAAGACGAUUGUUGGAGUCGUUCACCAUCAAGGGACCAGAUGGGGUCAUCAAGCCUGGGGAUUGUGUGCUAAUGAAGGCACCUGAGUCAUCGAAGAAACCAUAUGUGGCAAGGGUUGAGAAAAUUGAGGCAACAAGAGCUCAAGGCACCCAAGUGAAGCUCAAGGUGCGGUGGUACUAUCGCCCAGAGGAGGUAACUGAUGGCCGACAAAUAUUCCAUGGUUCAAAGGAAGUGUUUCUUUCCGACCACUAUGAUUCUCAGAGCGUUGACACCAUAGAGUGCAAGUGUUAUGUUCACACCAUUCGAAAGUACACCAAGCUUCGAUCUAUUGGCACUGAAGACUACUUCUGCCGCUUUGAGUAUAAAUCUGCUACAGGCAUCUUUGUGCCUGAUCGUGUAGCUGUGUUUUGCAAGUGUGAGAUGCCAUACAACCCUGAUAACCUUAUGAUCCAAUGCGAGGAUUGCUUUGACUGGUUUCACCCUUCCUGUGUUGGAAUGACCGACCAAGAAGCAAAGAAACUAGAGAAUUUUUACUGUGAAAGCUGCAUUGCUGAAAAUGAAAAGAAGGUACACAAGCCCAAUGGUGCUACAACACAAUCUGAAGAAAAGGAUGUUGAAGUGGAAGAGAACCCCGUACAAAUUUUUAAGCCUGCACAAUUUGGUAACAAGCGCAACAUGAAAGAUGACGCUCGCCAGCCCAUCGCCAUGCCGCUUCUCCUCCACCCGCGCUUCCCCUCCUCGCCGCACGCGGCCUGCGGCCACAGUGGCGCGCGGGGGGUUCCACCUGCCGAGCUUCUCGGGAGCAGCCGGCAGCGCGCCGCGUGGAAGCAUCAGAGGGGGAUCAACGUCGCGUGCCGCGCGACCAGGGCCAGGGAGGCGCCGCCGAGCAGCACGGCCCCUGCCGCGGCGGCGCUGGCAAAGGAGGCGCACAAGUACUUCGACCACGCCGUCGUGACGGUCCGCGCGGGCGACGGCGGCCACGGCGCCGUCCUCGCCAUGCCGGCCUCGACGGCGGACGCCCCCAAAUCCCCCGGCCGCAGGUCUGACAAGGGCAGGAGGAGCGGCGGGAGCAAGAAGGUGUCAUACAAGAGGAACUACGACGGGUCGGUGGCGCUGCCGAUGGGCGGCCACGGCGGCGACGUGGUGGUGUACGCCAACGAGGCGGAGGAGACGCUGCUUCGGUUCCACGAGAAGGCCCGGUACUGCGCCAAGAGGGGAGGCAACGUGGGGGCCACCGGAACCCUGAGCUCGCGGAUGCACAAUGGCUUCGCGGGGGAGACGAUCAGGAUACCCGUGCCUGUAGGUACUGUUGUGAAGCGCAAGAAAGGUACUGUUCUUGCUGAUUUGGCUCAUCCUGGUGAUGAGGUUAUUGUUGCUAGGGGUGGACAAGGCGGGAUAAGCUUGAUAGACGUGCCUGAGUACAGGAGGAGGAAAGCCAUGUCUUUAUCACCUAAUAUCAUGCGUGAUGCUAGUGACAAGGUGUUAAUUCAUGGUCAACCUGGCGAGGAAGUAAGCUUGGAGUUAAUCUUAAGGGUAGUUGCAGACGUUGGUCUUGUGGGACUUCCAAAUGCUGGAAAGUCAACACUUCUAUCAGCAAUAACACUUGCAAGGCCAGACAUUGCUGAUUAUCCAUUCACUACAUUAAUGCCAAAUCUUGGUCGGCUUGGUGGAGAUCCCUCUCUAGGGGCGUUGCAGUUUUCCUCAGAAGCAACACUGGCAGACUUGCCAGGUCUCAUUGAGGGUGCUCAUCUGGGCAAGGGUCUUGGUCGCAAUUUCUUGAGGCAUUUAAGGAGAACUAGAGUAAUUGUCCAUGUUGUUGAUGCUGCUGCUGAUGACCCUGUAGAUGAUUAUAAAAUUGUCAGAGAAGAACUCAGGAUGUAUAACCCCCAAUAUCUGGAGCGACCUUACGUUGUGGUUCUGAAUAAGAUUGAUCUCCCUAAGGCCCAAGAUAGGUUAUCUUCACUGGCAUUUGAAAUAUCCUCAAUAGGGUGUGAAGAGUGCAAUGACAACAACACCAGCGAGAGAAAUUUAAACUUAAAUGCAAACGAACAGAAUAUCUCAUCAGGGGCUAAAGUUGAAGGUGGUGAAAAGGAACUUCGGGACUAUCCAAGGCCUCAAGCUGUUGUUGGUGCAAGUGUACUAAAGCACAUUGGAAUCGAUGAAAUGCUGAAGGAAAUUAGGGCAGCACUGAGAAAAUGCUUUGAUCACAGAUUACCUGAGCCAUGAAUAGAAUUUAUUCACCACACCAGAGGCUAAUACUACCAAUCUACCAUACUCGAGUAGCAGAGACCGAUCAAACUUGGCCCUCUUGCUGGCGCAUGCUGCAGAAUACCCAAGGACAAUAGGGCUCUUGGUUUGCAGCAAUUUCGAUGGUCUGUAAUGAGUUCCUGAAGGAUGAAGACGCCCAUCUGGUAGUAGUCCGAUAUGGAGCUUCAGUUUCAGAAUAAAAAGGUACAAAAUGGUACACACGAUUGCAGACAACAUUUGUGAAUAGGAUAAUUUUGAGUAGGAAAAUGUUAUUAGUAGACAAUGUUGUGUACAAUCUCCAACUUUCAUGUAAUGAAGCAAGCAGCUUUGACACAAUCUGUAGUCUCCGAAGUCUGAACUGCCGUACGAACUUGGGAGAGAAAUUCCGCUAUUUGCGUCCAAAUUCUCAGGCCUUUUAGUAUCCUACAACUAUUCAACCGAUCGUAUGAUAUCUAUCCUGAUAUCAGAACUACUACUUGAAAAU